AUAAAAUUAAGAUAAGUACAUUGGGACAAGACUCUUUUUUGAGUACAUCGCCAAGUUACGACCGCGAUGGACAUUCAAUUUUCCACAGAAAAAUAUCCUCUUCUUCGGUUCGGCGAGUGAGUGUCAUAUCUACGAAUGAAAUGACUUUCGGAUUCACACUAAUUCGCCGUGGUUGUUAUAGUUUAGUGCAAUAUUUUAAAUAAUUAAAGGGUUUUUUCCAUCAUUGAUCAAAAAAAAAAAAAAAAAUUUUUUCGAAUACGAAAUUUUUGUUUUAUGUUGACAAAAUUUUUGACUUAAAAUGCGAAUCGACGAGAAAAGUGUGACAACGUCUGAUAUGUUAGUCAUCCUCCAGCUCAAUACUUUAACCUAUUAAUAGUACAGCCGGGCUGGAUUUGAAUUUUUGAAAAAAAAAAAAAAUAUUUUUAAAUAUUUUACCUACGAAAAUAUUAUUUUUGUCACAAGUUCGGUCAGAAAAAAAAAUUAUUUGGAACCAAAGAACUCUUUCGACAGUUUUGAGUGAAUUCGGACCACAUUUGGAAAAAAAAUUUACAAAUUCGGAGUCGAUUUGCUUCGUUUUUGACAAUUUUUUUUUUUUUUUGAAAAAAAGAAAAAAAAACCGGUAAAAAUAGCCCUUGUGCCUGCACGUACUCUACUUGUACAAUUGUAAAUUUAAAUAGAUUUUUUUGUAUAUUUAUAUAUUUAUAUAGUGUGAAGAACAAUUUAAAUUUAUUCGUAAAUAAAAAUAAAAAUAAUAAUAUAAAUACAUUUUUAAGUGUCUUUUCGCUCUAUUCUACUAUACUCUGGUGCAGUCUUUUUUUUUUUCUUUUCUAAUUUACAAAUACAUUUAAUUGCAUCCAUGAUGAUGGCAUGCUGGUAAUACAAAUGUAUUUUAUCACAAGAGCGAGUCUCUAAAUUUUGUUGUUCUGAUUUUUUUUUUUUUUAAUUUUAGUUUAGUGCAACACAAUUAAAUAAUAUUAAAUAUAGAAUAAAUAGUGUAUGCGUAAUAGCAACAAAAAAAAAUUAAAUAAAUAAACUCAAAAGUGAGUGUCGAACAAGUGUCCUAGAAAAAUCUAAAUUUGCGCGCGGUUUUUUUCAAAACCAAAUGUUAAAAAACUCACAAAUACAACAAAAAAGUUUGAUAACAACAAGAUAAGAUAUAAAAUCAUUCCCGUAAAAGGCUAACAACAAUAUCUAUUUUAAUAUGGAACACCUUAAUGCUGGAUCAUCCUCAAGACAGGAGCAUCAUCAUCAGCAAUUUUGCCUGAGAUGGCACAAUCAUCAGACUAGUCUACUAAGUUCUCUGCCUAUUCUCCUGGAUCAAUCACAUCUCACCGAUGUUACACUAUCAGCUGAAGGACGAACACUACGUGCACAUCGUGUUGUUCUAAGUGCAUGUAGUACAUUCUUUUUGGAGCUAUUUCGAGCGUUAGACUCAUCAAAUCAUCCGGUAAUCAUAAUACCUGGAGCAUCAUUUGCUGCUAUUGUAGCACUCUUAACGUUCAUGUAUUCAGGUGAAGUAAAUGUUUUCGAAGAACAAAUACCUACACUUUUGAAUCUAGCUGAAACCCUAGGAAUAAAAGGAUUAGCAGAUGUCCAAAGUAAUAUGCACAAUUCAAAUGCAGCAAAAAAGCGACAAGACUUCACACCCGUUGCACCUCCCGUGCAACCACAAAUACCACCCCAAGCACUAAAAGACGAAGAAAUACCAUCACCCACACUACCAUCAUUACCACCCCCCUCAUCACCCCUCAUAACGAAUAAGCUUCCGACACCUUUGGAAAAUUUCUUUCUCAAGUCGUUGCAAUUCUAUCCAAAUCUCAUACCACAACCAUUGAAUUUUUCACAAUCCGCCCUCAAUAAGACAUCGGAAUUCUUGGCGAAAUACCAACAACAAUGUGGCAUGUACCGUUCAGCUGUUAAGGAGACUGAUAACUUCAACCUACCAACCCAUCAAUCUCUUAACGACGACAGUAGUGGCUACAAUAAACGAACGAACAGUGGAGAAAAAAAGACAAAAGACGUUAAACGAAUCGACAAGAUUGUGGAGAACUUACGUUGUGCUUCGCAAUCUCUUAAACUUCCUGAUACUGCGGCAGCUCAAGUUGCUAGAAGCUAUCCAGAUAUUGUUGCAAGAUCUCCAUCAUCACCUCUGGCUCAACAAGCACCUUCAUUUCCAACCAAAACGAUGCCUAAUUUUUCUGCAGCUCUUGGUGGAAGUAAUAUUUCGAAUAGCCCAACAAUUGCGUCGUCAGUAAAAGAUGAACAAGAAAAACCAUCAUCACUGACUUCAGAUCGUCCAGGAAAUUCGACACCAAAUAGUUCGACAACACAAAAUGCUGUUGGAUGCCCUGCAACAGGUGGCAAUCAGCAAGAGACUAUUAUGGAUAAACCUGCUUCAAGCCCUCAGUCGAAAAUUUCGAAUUCAAAGCUUUAUGCAACGUGUUUCAUUUGUCACAAGCAACUUAGCAAUCAAUAUAAUUUGCGCGUGCAUUUAGAAACUCAUCAGAAUGUCAGAUACGCUUGUAACGUUUGUUCUCACGUAUCCCGAAGUAAGGAUGCCCUUCGAAAACAUGUUUCGUAUCGACAUCCUGGUGCUCCGAGUCCUUGUGAAACAGAAGCACGACGAAAACGAGCUAAAGGUUUGAGUACAGCCUUUCCCCUAGCGACAUCUUCUGAACAAGAACAAAUGGCAGCUCAAUUAAACCCAUCAGCCUUCAUGUUUAUGCCAAAUCAAUUUCAUCUACCUGCAGGAGUCGUCCCUCCUGUGCAGAUGGCUGCUCCACUUCCGACAACAACUGUCCCUCCCAAUUCAACAACAGGAAACGAUUCUCCGAUGAUUAAACGAGAAAGUACACCGACUUCACCGUCAAACGAUCAUCAACAGAACUCAACCACGCCCUUUCCUACUACUGACAGUGCUGCCAAGCCAUAGGACAUAGUCACACGUUUGUCCCUUUCACCCCCGUCCAAUCAUAUCCUAUUGAUUAGUAUUUCAUCCCCGGCUGUGAUAGUACAGAAGAUCUGAUUUAUUUUCAUUUUAAAAAUAAACAAAAAAUAAUAAAAGAAAUUAUAAAUGCGAACACCCACCACUAUCGAUAUAGAGUUUAUCUAAAGUCUUCCAAUUGUUAUAGAGUCCUUAUAGUUACUUAUUUAACCAAAGAACACAACUUUAUUUAAAAUAUUAUUUAUAUACGAGAUAUCUUAUAGACUUACUUAAGACAAUCUCUAAACUUAAGCCCUAUGAGCCUACAGUUGAAAUCUUCAUAAAAGGUAUACGAUCGUUAAUUUAUAUUUUGUUAAAUAUUUUUUUUUUUAUUUGUUAGUAAUUUUUUUGUUUUGUUGUUUUGAUUGAUCCUUUUGGGUCCUUGAGUUCUUUAUACCUUUUUACAAAAAAAAAAAAAAAACAAACACUUUACACUAAAAAAAUAAAUGACUUUACAUAAGUUUCAUUAUUUCACUAUAAGAAAUUUUGUAACUUUGUUAUAUAAGUCGAGAGCACACAAAAAAGACAAUUGUUUACCUGUUUAAUUUAUUUUGUUAUGUUUAAAAAUUUAAGUAUUGCUUAUUGAUGUCACAUUUA